GCUUGGGCCUUUUUGCCAAGUGCUUGCUCACUCCUUACCUUCCUUGGCCACGCCGCUCACAUCGUCCAUGAGUGCUUGGACACCAUGGGGUGUGCCAGUCUUUCAGCAGCGCGCGGCGCCGCCACCUGGGGACAUCAUCCUAAUGCCAGUGCUGCACUUGAGGUUUACCCACGACAAGAUCCGCCCCGUCUUCCGGAAAGGAAGGCACAGGGGGCAGCCCAUUUAUGAGCUGGUGAACGACCUGGUAAAGGGCGUGGUGAACCCUUUGGUAAAUCUGCCUCCUUUGGAGAUCUACCUGCACAAGGGGGUCUGGCGAUCCCUGAACAAUCGCCGGCUGUGGGCCCUGAAGGCGUACAUGGGGCUCUCGGGCAACUUCCAGCUCCUGGUGCGAGUGUGCAUCUCCUCCCGUUCGGCUGCCGCCUUCCGGGAGAAGAACUCCACCCACACAGACGGUCUCUCUGUGGAGGUUACUGGGGAUGAGACUGCGCUGAAGGAGGCUUUCUACAACCAGCCUUCCCAACUCUGCCACUACUGGCGGCAUGGCGAAUGCUUCCGCGGCGAUAGCUGUCCUUUUGAACACGAAGACCCCAGCGAGCGCAAGGCGAUUGAGGACAAGUAUCAUCUUACUGCAGCAAGGCGCUUGCUCGCGAAGAUUUACCAGAAGUGCUGCGGUCCUCCAUCCACACAGGGGUCGCUGGAAGAGCAGACCAGGGACUUUGAGCGGUGCUUGAUCGACAACCUCACCAGCAUCACAGACACUCCACUGAGCCCGCAGGAGAGCAUCAGCUUGGACUGCAAGGUGCAGGAGUGUCCUGCCGGGCCUUUCAGUCCUGGCUUCGACCCUUUGGGCCUGUCCAGUGGCGAGUCGCACGCUUCGAGUGGCGGCCUGGUGAAGCCAUGGAAGUCUCCGCUGAACCUUCAGGAAGUGGAGCUCCAACUGAAGGCGGAGCUGGGGCUCGCACCGGACCUGAAAGCGAUGCCUAGCUUUGUGGCCCCUGACCCGCUGCGCACAGCGCCCGAAGUGCCCAAGACCAGGGUGCCAACGCCUCCCCUGCCAGACGUGCCCAAGACCGAAGUGCCCUCCCCGCCCCUCCCGGAGACGAAGGCCAUCCCGCCCCCGCCGGCCGUUUCACCCCCCGAGCGGACGCCGGCUUCGGGCGCGACUCUCCGGCCGUUCCCAGCGGCGCCUCGGAUACCGCCGCCGCCGCCCAACCCACCACCCAAGCCGGAGGACCUGGAGGUGCCAGGCCCCCCAGUGUGGACACCGUGCUCGUCUCCGGUCAGCGUCGCGCAGCAGCUUUUCGCCUUGCCGCCCAUGGUGGACCCUGCCAUCUUUGCGGGUCGGGAGGAAGCCAUCGAUGCACGAAACGCGGGCAGCGACGGCGAGGUGUUGCGUCGGCGCCAGGAACUUCAAGGCAGUGCAGGAUCGGACGUUUCUGAGACAAGACGAGAGCCUGGAGACGCCCAAUCUGCUGAGCCCGCCGAACCCGCUGAGCCCGCUGAACUCGGUCAGCGGAGACCACGUGACCAUACUGAACAUGCUGAGCGCAUUGAGCCGAUGGAGCGGGCAGCGGGCAGGGCGCAGAAGUCGGAUUCGGAGAGGACUUGGCCUACCUCUGACUUGCCGUCACGAUGUCCGGCGAAGGGUGAGAAGGAGAGUCGAGGUUCCUCAGGCCCGCCUGCGCCCAGCCCAAGCCCCAGCUGGAGCCAGGUGUCAAAGAGCCUAAAAGCCGAGCCGCGCCGGCAAGCCGAGAGCCUCAAGGCAGAUGUCACUGGCCUGCUGGUGAAGAACAUCCCCAGCUCCGUGUUGCAGCAGGAAUUUCUGCAGGCUUUACGCGAUGAUGGCUUUGAGAAGCAGAUCGACUACUGCAGCUUGCCCUCUGAUUGGAAAACGGGGCUGGGUCGUGGCCAGGCCUGGCUCAACUUCCGCCUGGCCUCCAGCGCUCAAGCGCUGCACCGCCGGUACAACGGCAAGCGGCGCUUCAAAAACCAGGAGGCGCCGCUGCAGGUGGUGGCCUCUCAUUUGCAGGGCCUGGAAGCCAACUUAACGAGGUGCAGCUUGGAGGCCAAGUGCCGGGAGGUGCCCUUCGUCGCACUGGACGCCUUGAAAGCUGCCGAAGGACACCCGCCGCAGCCAAAGAUCGCUGCCGGAGCUGGGAGAGUGCCGUCCAGCGCGCCCCAAGGUGCGACAAGCCGAAAGAGCUCCAGGCCUAAGACGGAGGGCGCCAAGGACAAGUGGGCAGAGCUGAGCAAGCUAUCCAAGGAGCCUGAGAGCAAGCUUCUGCUCCUGGAGUCCGAGGCUGAAUCGGAGACUGCGCAGGUCCAGCCGCAGCAGGAGCAGGCUGGUCCGCAAGCGCCGGGCAGACGGCGGCGGAAGAAGGACGGCCUUCGUAAGGCGGCAGAGGACUUCGAGCAGCUCUUGGCCGAAGAGCGGUCCCGGCAUGCGGCGGAUCGCAGAAGCACUCCCAAUGCGAGCGCCAACGCGGUCACUGCGCCCACGAAACCGCCGGCAUCUUGCUGCUGCCUUUGUGGCAAGCCGGUGCCCAACUUGAAGCACGCUGCUGAGUUGAGUGCGUGCAAGGCGCACUACCGUACUUUCCAAGCAGAGGAGAGGUCAUUGGCCGCCUUUGCAGCCACCCGCCAGAAGAGCGAUGAGAAGGCGCCCACCAACCACCUCUUUCACUUGAGCGC